AUGUCUUCCAGCACUUCAUCAGCCGGCAUCAUUAGGAAGGCCGUUAAAGAAGAUGUUCCCGAAAUCCUAGCAAUGGUUCGAGAACUUGCAGAAUACGAAAAUGAACUGGAAAGCUGCAAAGCAACUGAAGAACUUCUUUACAAAAACCUCGGUUUCAACGGUGGGCCUGCAUAUGCACACACUGUGCUGAUAUGUGAAGGUGAACAAACUGUUGGAAUGGCCCUGUAUUUCUAUAACUUUGGAACAUGGACAGCAAAGCCAGGAAUAUAUCUUGAGGAUUUAUUCGUUAGACCUGAGUACCGUGGGAAGGGGUACGGUACAGCAUUGUUAGCCUAUCUUGCUCGGGAGGUGAAGAAAAUGGAUGGCGGGAGGUUGGAUUGGCAGGUCCUAGAUUGGAAUAAACCGAGCAUAGACUUUUAUAAAAGCAUUGGUGCUAAGCAUAUGGAGAAUUGGUGGAAUAUGCGAGUCGAUGGUGAUGGCUUGGGUAAAUUAGGAGAAUUGGGUCCUAAAUUGGAGACAAUCGAAUAG